AUGCCUCUCAUUCCUGAAACCCAGACCGCGGCCACUGUUCCCAAGCUUGGCGGUGGUGUCAGGUUUGUGGAUGACUAUCCGGUUCCCAAGCCAGGGCAGAACGAAGUUCUAGCCAAAGUCCUUUACACGGGCGUCUGCCAGAGUGAUCUCCACACCCGGCUUGGAACCGCAUCGGGACCAGACGGCAACCCGAUAACCAAUGUCAAGCUCCCGCACGUUGGCGGACACGAGGGCGUUGGGCGAAUCAUCGCUCUGGGUCCUGGUGUGGAUGCUGACAUCAACGUGGGCAAGCUUGUUGGCAUCCGGUUUGCAAGUCGAAUCUGCCGCCGAUGCGAGUUCUGUUUGGCUGGAACAGAACAGUACUGCGUCAAAAGCACAAACCAUCUACAUCAUGAAGAUGGCAGCUUCCAGCAGUACAUCGCUCUGGAUGCGGGCUAUCUGACCCUUCUUCCUGACGACAUUGACCCGGCGGUCAUCGGACCAGUUCUUUGCGCAGGCUUGACGUCUUACAAGGCAAGUGUGGCUGUGAAGAAUGCCAACAUCAAAGCUGGAGAUCAGGUUGUUGUGAUUGGCGCAGGGGGCGGGCUAGGUCAUUUAGCAGUUCAAUACGCUCGUGCCCAAGGAGGUUUGAUCGUCGGAAUAGACGGCGGCUCGGCAAAAGAAGAGUUUGUCAGAUCGAUCGGUGCCAACGAGUACAUCGACUUCAAAACAAGCCCGCACCUCGCUCAACGGGUUCGAGAGCUCACCGGCGGUGGAGCCAAUGCUGUCAUCGUCACUGCUGGAAGUUCUGCAGCGUUCGCCCAGGCAGCUGAUAUGUUGAAAGUGGGUGGGACUCUGUGUUGCGUGGGGAUCCCUCCCGGAAAGUGUUUUCUUGAAGUCCCCAUCAGCACCAUUGUGAUCAGAGGUCUCCACAUUACGGGGAAUCUUGUCGGCUCUUUGAAGGAAUGUUUGGAGGCUGUUGAACUUGUUAGGCGAGGGGUUGUCAAACCGAAGAUCUCCAUUCGCGAGUUCAGGGAUCUGCCUGCGGUUUAUGAUGAGCUCGAGAAGGGAGAUGUCGCAGGGCGAAUCGUCCUCAAAGUCACGGCGGACGAGUGA